AAGAAUCUUUUCAGGGUGUCCAGCUGUCCAGCUUUCAGCUGUCACAUUGCUCCAUGCGGCAACAAUCGACCUAUCACUGGCUAUAACCAGAGGUUUAGACAUUUUCAAGCCUGUCCCACCACAAUUUAUUCAAAGAACUAGAGUAAGUCUCCGAUACUGCACCAAAACACCCAUAAAAUUUACCAAGCACUUCAAUUCAGGUGUACAGCAACCAUGGCGGGCCUCUAAGAGAAUGACAACCAGCCAAGACUGUGUCUACUCCACCAUCAGCAGGUUAAAUAUAGACGAGAAAUCAGCGGCUUCCAUUUCACUUCUGUGGAAAACAAGGGAGCCGAGCAGAAAAGACAGGGGGCAACAAAACUUCCAUUCACCCGUCUAGACAACCUGAGCAACCAACCUGAAGAAUUGCUCAAGAUGGUUAGCAGGAGGCCUACCUUUGACCUUCACAGCAAUGACAAUGCUCUCUUCAUGAGUAAUAAGGUUGGUAGAUCUAAUGGAGGCAACAUUAAGGAGAAGAUUUCUCUGUGGGAGGGGAAGGAGCCCACUCACUCUUCACUUAUGACAGCAGAAAGUCAAGAGUCCUUGACAAAAAGUAUCAGUAAGACUACAGAUGCUCAGAAAGGAAAGAAGCAGUUUAGCAAAGAGAAUCCUGCAAACCUUGGCGAUUCAAGGCCUUGUUCACCCGCUGAAUCUGGAAAACAGCAAAGAAGCACAAACCGAAGUGAGGAGGACUGUAGCAGAUCAACCCACAAGGAAAUACGAGAUUGUGAGAAAGAGAACGUAGGAACAAUUGGCGAUAAUUGGCCAUGUUUGCCUCCAGUGCCCAUAAAGCAGCAGGUGGCGACAAAGAAACCCAAUGACAGGGGACCAUUAGAACGAACCAACCAGGAAAAAAGAGCAGUGUUCACGCUCUUUAAAAAGAUGGAACUAGCUGUGGGAGACACCUAUGCCAAAACAUCUCCAGAGCUGGGAAAUUACUUCAGCCCAUCCAACAAAGACAAACAAGUAGAAGUGAAGAAGAAAGAAUCUCAAGCUAAUGGUCAAAUUGGUUCAAUCACGUUCCCCAGGAGUAAAGAAUGGAAGCAACAGGAGGAGACUGUCUGCGCAGAACCAAAGGAUUCCACCAUCAAUCCAGUCCCAAAACCACAGCGCACCUUCCAGCAUGCAGCUAGCAUGCUCACGGGGAAGAGCCAAGGACAGGGCAGAGGAAGCAGGAACCUCCCCCCGCUGCCCUCCAUCUCCUCAUGUUCUCCACCAAAACCUUGCCCUGGUGUCAACCACAAAUUCAGAGAUAGACUCCGAGACAACACCAGCAGGACAUUAUUUGAGUUUGAAGACCUUCCAGGAUCAGCAGCUCGAACACCUUUCUCUUACACAAUGACUCAAGAACAUCACUAUGAAGACAUUCUUGACUCUUCCAUGGAGAACCCCUAUGAAGACAUAGAGUUGGAAAGCCAGUGUUCCCAGCAGUCUUUACCCUCGUCUCCAGGCAUUGACAUACCCAAGGUGUGGAGAUCCGGCUUCUUCAGGCAGAAUUCAGAUCAAAGCUUUAAGCUGUCUGACCUGCAGAAAAACAGCCAGCAGCCGCGCAGCACCGCAAGCGAAAGCAUUUCAUCGUCACCUCAGAUAAGCCGUCCGUCAACUCCCAUUGCUUCCGAUCAAGCCUCCAGUCUGCACGGGGAUCCUUUAUAUGGACGCACCUGUCGCAGAAUACCAACGGUUGUUCUCAGGAUCAACAGCAUCUUUGAAGCUCGGAUUGGGAAGAAACACAUACGAAGGAUUUAUCACUAUGCUGGAACAAGCUCAGGAAGAGUAACGGAUGAGAACAGCGACUCGGAGAGUGAAAUCGAAGAACGAGCCAAAGCUCAUCGUCAGCGUCUUGUGUCAGUCAAGUCUAUAUUGAGCCAGCCAAGCCAGACUCGGGUUCAGUACAAUGAUACCAGCAUCAAAAGUAGGUCUCUGGAACAGGAGCUCCACCAGCGUCGGCUCUUUGAGUGCUUUCUGGUGGUAUCCCUGCAGAAACCCAAAACUGGUGGCCACUAUCAGCCGGAGGUUACACAGCAGUUCCCUCCUAAGUUGGAGCGGAGCUUUAUGUUCAUGAGAGAGACGGAGGAUCAGAUGAGGAUCAUCCCUCAGUUCUGCUUCCCAGACAUUAAAGACUGGCAGCCGGUGGAGAGCUACCCAAGUGAGAUGUUCUCCUUUGUUUUGACUGGAGAGGAUGGCAGCAGGCGGUUUGGAUACUGUCGUCGUUUACUGCCAAUCGGCAAAGGUAAACGUCUCCCAGAGGUCUACUGUAUCGUCAGUCACCUCGGCUGCUUUGGCUUGUUCUCAAAGGUGCUGGACGAGGUGGAGAGGCGGCGGGCUCUGUCUCCAGCCCUUGUGCAGCCGUUUAUGAGAGCCAUCAUGGAGGCCCAGUUUCCAGCUCCGGGCAGAACCAUCACCAUCAAAACCUUCCUCCCUGGGUGUGGCACCGAGGUGAUGGAGCUUUGUCGGCCCUCGGACUCGCGCCUGGAGCACGUGGACUUUGAGUGUCUGUUCUCCUGUCUGAGUCUGCGGCUGCUCCUCAGGGUUUUCGGGGCUCUGCUGCUAGAGCGAAGGGUCAUCUUCACCGCCGACAAGCUCAGUACUUUGUCCCAGUGUUGCCAUGCAUUGGUGGCACUACUUUACCCCUUUGUGUGGCAGCACACAUACAUCCCCGUGCUUCCCUCGACGAUGCUCGACAUCGUCUGCACCCCAACUCCUUUCAUCGUCGGCCUUCUGUCCAGCUCCUUGGGCCAACUCAUCGAGCUGCCGCUGGAGGAGGUUCUGAUUGUGGAUCUUGGAAACAGUCGAUUUCUCAGACAGUUGGAUGAUGAGGACUCCAUCCUGCCCCCUAAGCUCCAGUCAGCCCUGGAGAACGUGCUGGAAAGGAGGCGAGAUCUCACAAAUGAGAGAGGAGGAGAUGCACCUGGUGGUGACUCUGGGCAUUUUAGCACCAUUGUGUCUGAGGCCUUCGUGCGUUUCUUCGUGGAGCUCGUUGGUCACUACCCUCUCUUCAUAAUCAAUGAACAAGAGGACGGCUACUCUUCCUCAUCCUCCUCCCCAGUCCCUUGCUCUUUCCAGCAUGAGGGCUUUCGCAAAGCCAUUCCAUCUAAGACUGUACGCCGCUUUCUGGAGGUCUUCAUGGAGACCCAGAUGUUUGGUUGGUUCAUCCAGGAGAGGGAGCUCCACAGGCAGGCUCUGCGAGGCUUGUUUGAAAUAAGGGUGCACGAGUAUCUAGAGUCUAUCCACGACAGUGAGCACAGGAGGGUGAACCGGUUUCUCAAGGGUUUGGGAAGCAAAAUGAAGUUUCUGUCCAAGAAGUGAACCCACUGCACAGUUCUUGCAACCAUCCCCCAAAAGACUUUGAGAUACUUAAUAGCCACGCCUGUCUUCAACCAGCAUGUCAACGAGUGCAAUCGAUUCCAGAUUACACAAUGAUAUAGCCCAAGAGUGGCAGC